CUGAGGUUGGCUAAGAGAAGGCACUACGAGUCUCCCAGCCGCAAUUGCACGCCAAAAUGCCUGUCGCGGCUCUCAAGACGGUCGCAAAGUCUCAAAAUGGCGUUGGGGCUUUUGUCCUGCCCUGCAAAUCCUUAACCUUCCACUACUGCAACUGGUGGGGGUCCUCGCGCGGCAUGAAUGCCUUCAUCAAGUCAUCCCUUCCAGCUUUUGCCAAGCGCAACCCUCAGAUUGAAAUCUCCGUCAGCCCACGACCGGCCCACCACCCGGGCAUCGUCGCAAACUACAUCAAUGGAGCCCAGCGAUCAAUAUGUGUCAAGAAUCUGCAGAACGAGGGCGUACGGGAAAAGGCUGAGAUGCUGAGGAACAGCACAGGAGAGAAGAACAGGAAACUAGACGGACGACCGGUGAAGAGUUUGAAUGAAAGCGUGAGGGGUAUUUGGAGUCCGUUCCAUGGAAGCAAAAUCAAGAUAUAGGAAUUUGAAGGGACCUAGGAGUUCGAAAUAGCUGGUAGCACAAGUCACGAUUGCCGGCCGUCAAAGACCAAAGCGAUUCGACUACACGGCCAGUGUGGCCAAGCCAAGCAGUACUCGGAUAAAAGUGAAGGCAGACAAGCCAUGCUAAUCUGAGUGCACCGAACAAAUCAUAUGUACAAAUAGUAUAUCAAAUCAAAAAAAAAUCAAGAAAAAGUAUUCACGGGU